GGUACGUAUUUCCGUUGCUCUGAUACUGCCCGGAGGUUCUGUAAUUGGAAACUCAAUUCUAAUGAAAUCUGGGAUAAACAAAGCAAGCUAUCGUUUGGAGGUGCAUUUUACAUCAGAUGUUGCUGAAUUUUCCUGGUUCCUAACCAGUGGAUGUGUGUGUGAAUUGCCUUCCAGUAUUGUAGUAUGAAAAGUGAGAGUGAAAGCAGAGACUGAGGCAGAUCGGUUCAGUUUACUCUGCGAUGAAGGAGCAGAACACCAUUAUUUCACGUUCAGGAUCUGAUUACGCGUAAGACUAGAGCGAGAGAGUGUGCUAGAGAGCCACUGGACUGCUUUGCACAAUCGUUAAAAUCAGCAGCAAAAGCAGCACAUAAUCAGCUGGCAUAAACAUUGUCUGGUUAUAGUGGUGAUGGUGUACUCGUUCGCUUUAUUAAGGUAUGAAAAACACCUGGAAAAGGAGCACGCAUUGGAAUGUUGCUCAAUAGUUUUAAGCAGUGGAAUGGAUUUCAAAGGAGAACAGUGAGCACUUCUUCAGAUAAUCCUACAUGCUCACUUCGUUUAUUCUGAUGCACAGUUUCAUAUUGCCGUGCGUGUAGACGUUGCUGUGAGGGUCUUUGACCUCUUUCAUUGCACAAUUGAGGCUCAUACUGGAGUUCUCGCCAGUAUGUUGUAUGUUGGUUUCAAUGUAUCGUACGUGGAACUAAAAAACGCCGUUACCAUUAUUAUUAUUAUUCACUAAAAUGGACGAGUCGUCGCUCUUGGAUUUGCUCGAGUGCUCGGUAUGCCUGGAACGGCUGGACACCACCGCCAAGGUGCUGCCUUGUCAGCACACCUUCUGCCGCCGCUGCCUGGAAAACAUCUUGAGCUCUCGCAACGAGUUGCGAUGCCCAGAGUGCCGAAUACUGGUGGACUGUGGCGUGGACGAGCUGCCUGCUAACAUCCUACUGGUGAGACUGCUGGACGGUAUUAAACAGAGACCCAGGAACGGAGGGAGACUGUCACUUACAGGGGCUUCCCUGGGAUGCGCAGCCGGUAUCUCUGCCUCCUCUCCCGGGAUAGCCAUCCGUGACCUACCGACAGCCAUACGCAGUUCCCCGGUCAAGAAUGUUCCCCAGCUCCCCUGCGGCAAAGCCCUCUACAACUAUGAGGGGAAGGAACCCGGGGACCUGAAAUUCAACAAAGGAGACGUCAUCAUUCUUCGCAGGAAGGUGGACGAGAACUGGUAUCAUGGCGAGCUCAACGGCAGCCACGGCUUUCUGCCAGCCAGCUACAUCCAUUGCAUCAAACCCCUCUCACAAACCCCACCUCAGGGCAAAGCACUUUACGACUUUGAAGUCAAGGACAAAGACCAAGACAAGGACUGCUUGACAUUCACCAAGGAUGAAAUUCUUAUUGUGAUAAGAAGAGUGGAUGACAACUGGGCAGAGGGAAUGCUGGGAGAUAAAAUUGGAAUCUUCCCUAUUCUAUACGUAGAGCUAAACGAGGCAGCGAAGCAGUUGAUUGAGAUGGACAAGCCAUGUCCUCCCUCCGGGCCCGGCACUGACCCCUCAGCCCCUGAUGGCCCAUGCUCGGCCGCCAGUGCCACCCUGAAUGGCUCUAGUGCCAUGAGCGCCAUCCACCGACGCAUCGAUGGCAAGAAGAACACCAAGAAGCGGCACUCGUUCACAGCGCUCAGCAUGACGCACAGGGCCGCCCAGGCCAUGAACAAUCGGCACUCCAUGGAGAUCAGCGCUCCGGUCCUUAUCAGCUCCAGCGACCCACGAGCAGCAGCCAGGAUCGGAGACUCCACACACCUGUCCUCCAGCGCACCCUCUCAGGACUCCUCUUCCUUUGCUGGGACAUCUACUAUUGCAGGCGUUCCCCCCAGGAUUGCUGCUUCAUCUGGUGACCAAGGUACUGCAGUCAAGGUCCAGCUGCCCCUCAACAUAUACCUGGCCCUGUAUGCCUACAAGCCUCAGAAGACAGACGAGCUGGAACUGCGCAAGGGCGAGAUGUACCGCGUCACUGAGAAGUGUCAGGACGGCUGGUUCAAGGGCACCUCUCUGCGGACCGGAAUGUCAGGAGUGUUUCCUGGCAACUACGUGACUCCAGUGUCCAGGGCACCAUUUGCUGUGGGACAGUCCCGAACUGGUCUUCCCAUUUCCUCUCAACCGGUCAAGGGGGUCCCGACCUCCCCCCAGCCUGCAAGCUCGUCCAGCCCGGUCCUCCUGAACGCUGUGGCCAGGCCUGUUGCCCCCCUGGCUGCCUCCUCCACCUCCCCACAGCUGCAGCCCGCCUCCAUGCAGCUCAAGAACUGCCUGCGGAUCUCAGGCCAGCAGACAGUCAACCAGGCCCGCAGUGCAAUGCAACUGGUGCAUGCCGCAGCUGAGACACAGGAGAGGCCUACAGCGACUGUCCCUCCUCUCAGAACUCAGAGCUCGCCCUCACGCUCCCCGGUGACUGUGGUUCGGCCGCACUCCAUGGUGUCCCCUCAACACAUCCACCAGCCACCUGUCCCAGGUACCCCGGGCUCUCCGUGUGUCCGGCCCACCUUCCCACUCACCUCAGCGGCUGCCGCCAUUACCCCUCCCAACGUGAACGCUGCCAACCUGAACGGAGAGGCAGGCAGUGGAGCAUCCCAUCCCUCCUUGCCCUCCCUCUCCACCAGCACUGCGCCAAGCCUGCCUAAAGCAGAAGAAAAGAAACCAGAGAAGAAGGAGAAGAAAGGAGGACUACUGAAGCUCUUGUCAGGAGCAUCUGCAAAAAAGAAGUCCCGCUCCUCACCUUCUGUCUCUCCCACCCACGAACCCCAACCACAGGCAGCAGCGGAGGCACCUAUACAGGGGGCCAUGGGUCCUGAGGUGUCAUCAGUGUUGAAUCACGGGAGAGCAGGCUCCUGUCCCAUCGAGAGCGAGAUGCAGGGAGCCAUGGGAAUAGAGCCCCUGCAUAAGAAGUCUGGUUCUUUGGAUUUGAAUUUCUCAGUCUCGCCUCCUGCCAGGCAGCCAUGCUCUUCAAUGGUGGCCCUCCGUCCAGAACCCAAGCCCCUCUCAAGAGAAAGGUACCGCGUGAUUGUACCCUACCCGCCUCAGAGCGAAGCGGAGAUCGAGCUGAAGGAAGGAGACGUUGUGUUUGUGCACAAGAAGCGCGAGGACGGCUGGUACAAGGGCACCUUGCAGCGCAGCGGGAGGACAGGUCUCUUCCCAGGCAGCUUUGUAGAAAGCUUCUAAGAAGCUCGGCUUUCUCGUCAGCUGCAGCCGCCGCCAGGCCGCAAUGUAGCACACACUUAUUUUUUUGUAUUACUUGUUGUUUCAUGAAGAUUCCAGCUGCCAGAAGGGGUCCUCCCCUCUUCAGGCGGAUAUGCUACCCAGCACAAAGCAACUAUGUGACACAAGGGAAACGAGAAACCCAUUGACAUUCACUGCCAUUACUGCUUCCAAAGAAAUUUGAAAGAACAUGAGCCCAUGUACAAGCACACGCAGCUAUAGGCACACAGAGGACAUAGAGAACCAUCCUAUGAGGAAAAAGGCUUGGAGUGACUGCACUUUUAUCAAACUGUACCUACAAUAGUAUGUUAAAGUAGUGCCUUCCCUCAUGGAGCCACCAACCAACAAGACAGACCGACCGACCAGGAGCAAAUCAUUCACAUUUUUACUCAAACAAGCUACAUAGAUUAAGUGUCUUUUUUUUAAAUUAAUAUUUUGAUAUAUUACUGUAACUUAUUUUGGAGCAGCUGCAGUGAUCUCUUUUUAGUGCCCUGCGUGGGUUAGCUGUUAGGAAUGUCCAUGCAUUUGAUGUGUUGUUGUACCGUAGACUAAAUAGAGAAAAGUAUUAAUAGGCAGCAAUAACAAAGAUGGCCAACGAAAUAGGGAGGGUUUGAGUAAAACCAACCAGCUUAUUCCAUUGAAUUUUUUCAGUUUGCUAUAAAGCAGAUUUAGUGCACAACAGCACAUCGCCCAAGAUUUCAGUAUUAUAAGCACACAGAAAUACUCUUUAUUAUAGGCCUUUAUUAGACAAUGUAAUGUAUUAAAUGUUUUGUAUUUGUUUGUAUUAGCAUUACUGAAAGGGUCAAAUUCUUAUUACUGCUUAUUGUCAGCCAAUAUUGCAUCACUGGAAACAUUGACUGAUUUAUAUCAUGUCUUGCUUGAAACAUAAGGCAUUAUUAAUUCAUGUUAACUCCCUUCAAAUAAAACAAAUCAUAGCUUUUGAAUAGUUUCCUAAUAUUAAUAAAAAUGUAGGUGGGUCCCUCUUGUUUACAUUUUCACUGGUCUUUUAUAACUCCUAUGCUGUGAAUAAAGAUUGUUUGGAGGACCUACAAAAAAAAAAAAAAAAGCAUGAUCCCAGAGCAAGAGCAGUGAAAAAGAGUUGUUUCUCAAGAGCAGUGAAAAAGAGUUGUGUCAUAAGAGCAGUGAAAAAGAGUUGUUUCCCAAGAGCAGUGUAAAAUAGCUGUGUCAUAAGAGCAGUGAAAAAGAGUUGUUUUACAAGAGCAGUGAAAAGAGUUGUUUUACAAGAGCAGUGAAAAAGAGUUGUUUUACAAGAGCAGUGAAAAAGUUGUUUUACAAGAGCAGUGAAAAAGUUGUUUUACAAGAGCAGUGAAAAAGAGUUGUUUAUAGGUGAAUCUCCCACCAUUUCGAGCAGGACUGCAUGGUGAAUCUCCAGGUAAUGCUCAAGUUGGGGCGUCGGGUCGAGUGUUUACUUUGACUGAUGCAGUCAUUUACAAGGGAGUUCGACUUCAGAUAUAGUGUAGAGAUUUAUUGAAGCAAAAAUGUGGUCUGCUGGUUAGAUGUUAUGACUGUGAGUUUACUUUGUUGGUGUAUUGAGCUGAUCUGUGCAUUUCUCUGCAGUUUACUGUAGGGUACAGUUUAGCUAUCUUUUUUUUUUUAAGAGGCUUGUCUACCUUUCAGGGUAAUGGUCAUGUUAAGUUGCAUAGCAGAGUUUGUCUUCUUGUGACACUGCAGUUAGUUGUGGUGAAAGUUGUUGAUAUGGGUCCAAGACUUCAUUUUCAAAUGUAUAAUCAUAGUGUAGGGAAUGGAAACUUACUUGAAUCUUAAAUGUAAAAGCAUCUGGUCUGUUAUACAGGCCAAUAACUGUCCCUGAUGUGGGGAAGACCAAGAGGUCAGACUGAGAAUUAGCAAUAGUUGGGCAGAAUGUUUCUUCUGCUAGCCAGGCCUGAACAAAACAAACAAACCAAAACAUUCCAAGAAAAGCACAUACUUUAAUAAAAAAGCACAUUUAUUUGAAACCCCCCAGCUUUAUUAAUAUUAUUAUAGGUGGAUGUUCUGUAAGUGCUGUAUUUCAGGUUUUAAUUAUCAGUAUAUUAUCAAAAUAUAUGAAAUUUUAUUUAUAUAUAAAAAAACACAUAACUCAUUAUCUGUCAAUGAGCCAAGAUUAUUAUCUUGUAUUUUUACAGUUUAUUUUAUUUAAAACAAGAUGUUUAUUUUAUUUAAUACAAGAUAUUUUUUUUUUCUUAUCAUGACUAUUUUUUUUUACAGUAUAUGCACCAAUUUUAAGAUUAUUUUAAUGCGUAAGUAUUUAUACAUUCGUACAUUGUUUCUAAAGCAUCUUUAUCUGCAAGACAAUGUUUUGGUUGGUCAUUUUAAGAACUGGAAAGAACUGAAAAGAAUAUCACUAGGAAAAGCAUAUCUGCUGACAUGAUUACUUUUCUAGUUGGUUUCAAGUGUUUCUCUCCUUUGCAGGAACAGUAACAUAUAAGAAUAACAGCCAAAAGAAUGUAGGAUCCCAGUGAAAAUAUGGGAACACUUGGAGAUGCAUUUACCAACUACCCCACCAAUUCCUAGUAAAUGCUAGCAACUGUCAAGCCUACACACUGCCUCAGUAGAGGACAAAUAUUGAAAUGUGAGGAUAGAUAUAUAGUCUGUUAUACGAAUAUAUAAGAUAUAGACAUAAAUAUCUUUAUACACAUAAUGGGCUUAUCUGAUGUUGAAAGCUUUUUCUCAUAAGCUUUUAUUUUUCUUCAUAAUAAUUGCCAAAUAUUACACUGCUUUGUGCUGAUAAAAGGGAGGUUUCUUAAUGAAAUAAAUUGCGGUAUGAGGCAGACUGAAGUUUUUCAUUUGAAAAUAAAGCACAAUUUCGCCUUUGGGAUUGUAUGUUGUAAAUGAUAAUCGUGUUGCAGUAUGGGAUGAACCCAGUAAGGCAUUAAGGUAGAGCACUGCAGCUGAGAGAACUGUGGUAUUAUUUCAGAGCUCUCAAAACAGACUGGCUGGAAUUCAUAAUGUUCCACACUUGUAAUAAGACUACAACUGAAAAGAGUGUGUGCAGAAUAAUAAUAAAAACUUCUUUAAAACAA